UAACGCUGUUAUAGGUGGCUAGAGUCUUCAGCUGACUAGCUAGCUGGCCUGCUCUGUGAGCUAACGCUACAGCUUCAAUUAUUGAUGUUAUUCUGCAUGGGCUAUACUGUUUUCUCAAACCAGCUGGCAAAGCAUGUAACGUUAACUAUAAAAUAUUGCUACGUAAAUGAGAACGUUUAUUUUGGCCCUACGUAUAUUUUAACUCUUUAGGUAGGUAGGUAGUUAGCUAGUUAGCUAGCUAGUUACACUGUAUUGUACUGUCGUUUUUGGUCUAAACCAGUCAAAGGGCAAAAGCUCAGCAGUAGCAAGGCUACUACGGACAUUUUCAUCUACAAGAGAGCGCAUUUUCUUCCCUUUCGUCUGUGGUUUAUUAAGCCCUUAAACAGAAUUUUAAUCUGUACGAAAGUGAAUCCACGUGUAAAAAAAAAAAAAAAAGUUCUGUAGUUUCUUCUGAAGCCCAGUUUACUUACGCGUAUAAAGGUAAUGACUUGUAGCUGAGUAAAUUCAAUAAACUGUAUUCGCAUGACCAUAUUUAAUUACAACAUUGCCAAAAUACCAGUCAUAUUUCACAAAGCAGGAUUUCUCAGUAAAGCCCUAUUCAUUGUGGAUUUCAGAAGUCAUGUCCUGAACUUGAGGAUAAAGGGUCAAAUCAAGCUCUAUUUUAGCUGUAAAAAAAAAAUGUAAAGGGAGGCACUGUUUCUACAAAGCUGGAAUCAGCUUCAUGCCCGAAUUUUCUCGAUCCAUCUUAAAUGGAAAAGCGAGAAAAUUUGAAAAAAGACAUAGCGAAUAGAAAGGCAACUUCAGCCUUGUGCGUCUUUUAUUACCUGGACUUGUUAUUAUAUUAUUGUGACGUCGAUUCAACUAGGAGUGCUAUUUCUGAGUAGUUCUGAGGUGUGGACCCUGUCGUAUAAUGCUGCCAUAAAUGUCCGCGCGAUGAUAGUUCGAUCUAGUCUAUCUGGGGUGAUUUGGGAAAAUUACACAGAUACUUUAUUCUGUAUAAAUCAGACAGUCAAAUUAUGCCAGAAAUUACAUUACCAGAACUCCUUUGGUAAAACUAAUCCACUCCAAAGUCCACAAAAUCCACAGAUAAAACACAUUCAGGUGCCCCUCUUAAGAAGAAUAAUGCGUUUUGAGGAUGAAAUAUUAGUAAAGGAAUAUGUCAACAUGAUGACCGAUAUGAUAGUCUUAUGUUUCACUUUGGCCAUUUCAUUGUCCUUCUGGGUCAUAUCCAUAACUACUAGCACAUACUACGGUACAUUGCAGCCUGUCUCUCCAUGGAGGUGGCUGUUUUCUGUUCUGGUCCCUCUGAUUCUUACCUCGCGUGCUUUAAGGAGAAAAAGUCUUGACCAUAGUGGUGCUCUAGGAGCAUUGCUGGUUGGCUUUAUUCUCACCAUGGCCAACAUGAGCUUCUUUGCAGCUCUGCUGGCAUUUUUCAUCACAUCCACCAAUCUGACAAGAUGGAAGGGGGAUGUCAAGAAACGCACUGACUCAGAAUAUAAAGAAGGUGGCCAGAGGAACUGGGUUCAGGUUUUCUGCAAUGGUGGUGUGCCAACAGAACUGGCUUUGCUCUAUAUGAUUGAGGUUGGUCCAGGGGAGAUGCCUGUGGAUUUUGGGAAGCAGUAUUCUGCUUCCUGGAUGUGCCUGUCACUCCUAGGUGCUUUGGCCUGUAGUGCAGGAGACACAUGGGCUUCAGAAGUCGGUCCAGUUAUCAGCAAAAACAAACCCAGGCUCAUUACUACCUGGAACGAAGUCCCAAUAGGUACUAAUGGAGGAAUCACUACAGUGGGUCUUAUAGCCAGCUUCCUUGGUGGGGCCACCGUGGGCACAGCCUACUUCAUGACCCAGCUGCUGUUGGUUAAUGAACUCCAUUUAGCUGUUCCCCAGUGGCCUAUCAUUGUGUAUGGAGCUAUGGCUGGCUUACUUGGCUCGAUGCUUGACUCUUUCCUGGGUGCAAACAUGCAGUAUUCAGGGUAUGAUGAAAGCACUGGAAAAGUUGUACACCAUGAGUCACCAGCAGUAAAGAGAAUAUGUGGGAAGCCCAUUCUGGAUAACAACGGCGUAAACCUUUUUUCCUCUAUCCUCAUAGCUUUGUUUCUGCCAGGCUUUGCAUGGGGAUUCUGGCCAAGGCACUGAACUUAGAUAUUUUAAUUUUGAAUUGUAGUUCACAUUGGUGUGAACACUUAGUGUUUCAGUUUUAAUAGUUUUUCAUGUUUUACUAAUCCUUCUAUUACAAAGUUUGUUGUUUUUUCUUAUGCACAGGGAACAAAUAUAUCUGAUAUUAUGGUUGCAGUCUUAGUGUGCUGCAGCUAGCGCGUAGAUUUAUGUCCAAACACUGACAUGUCUGCUAUGCAGUGACAUUAAAGACAGUGUGCUCCACUACUCAAAAUAUUGUCAAAAUAUUUUUUGUCAAAAAUUUGUCUGAAUAAUUAUAACUGUACAUUUCUUCACAUUUUAAAACUGGAACUAAAAAUCUUUGGAAAAAGAUCUUUGGAAACAGUAUGAAACCAUACAAAAAUUACUUUCAGUGAAUGAUUUUAAAUAAAUAAUAAUUACUGUUUUUCAAUUUUUAAAUAAAUAACAAACAAUUUCUGUUUUAACUUGUCAGUGUUGUGAUGGCUUUUGAAACGGCUGGAAUUGCCCAAUAUUUUUAAUAAACCGAACGAAAUGCACAACAAUA